UGUGGAUCUCACUGACCGUUCACACCACCGAAAAGGAGGUCGAGCAAAUGCGUGAAGGACACAUUCGUUCUCCAUUUGGUGUGAAGGUCCAAUAGGGUGCGAGCGAGCGGCCGCUACGGCAGGGAAAGGCCUUUUUCCUGUUACCCAGUGCAUACAACAAGAUCCAGGAAGCAUAUGAACACAAUGGAGAUGGCGAGCAAGAAAAUCUGGGAAAGUGUUCCCACAUUUUCCAUUGCUUACAAACCUGUUGCUCUCAAACAGAUGGGACACUAAGUGUCUGGGGGAACAGAGAGGAAGACCCACCAUCAAAGACUGGAAAAGGAUGAGACAAGAAUUGGAUCCCUUUGGAAGAUUUUCCAUUCAGAUGAACUGAGACGGACGAUCACAUUAGAAGGGAAAGAUAAGACGCAUGUUGAGAGAAGUCCAAGGCAAGAAUGGGACUUUAAUGAGUAGCUGGCAAGGACUCCUUGUGAUCCUUUUAAAGUGUCCAUGCUGGAUUAUAUGUACGGACAUUGCAAGUGUCUAUUGAGAGUUUCCGAUGGUAAAGAAAGGCCGUCCGCUAGAGAAAGACUUGUUUCUGGAAUCUGACCUGGUACUACUAGAUAGCCAUGGACCAAGGCUCUAAGGGUGCUGAGGAGAAAAUGGUGAGCAAGGCCCUGGUGGAAUUCAACGCCACCUUGCAGGCGGCCGUGAGGGAGGUCCACAUGGACGUGAGCGCGUUCAAGCAGCGGAUUGAGCUGCGGAUCGGGGAGAUGAGCGCCUCCAGCGUGCCCCUGGCCGAGGCGGUGGGCAGGCUGCAGGAGGAGAACCUGCAGCUCCGCGCCAAACUGGAGGCCCUCAGCCGCCUGGUAGAGUCUCUCGCUGGUGUGCAAAUCGACAGGAGCUCCCCUUCCGUGUCCAAGGAGAAGAGUAAGGAACGGGGUGUGGAAAACGGGCUUGCAGAGAUACAGUCCAAGACCCAGGAAGACCACAGGGUCCAGGUGGGUCUGGUUGCAUCUGGAUCAGGCCAUGCUCUAACCCUAUCAUCAUGGAGAGCAAAGGAAAUUAAUGGAACGGAGGCCAAGGCAGAGAAGCACAUUGCCUCAGUGGAACAACAGAACAGGAAGCAAGAAAGUGGAGUCCAGUCCCACCUGUUACGCACAUCCAUCACCCAAGCCAGCAUGAUGUCAACCCAGGAUGAAUUUGGCGGUCGUACCGAACCUCAUUUUCCCAUCACCGCUAUGACAAGAAUCAGCUCGGAAGCUGCAGUCGUCGCCCAUUCUGCAGCUCCUGUGUCUAAAGCCACAGCAGAAACCACAGUAAAAUCAUUCGAAAAUAUAAGCGACGCAGAUGAACCCCAACCACAUCUUCCCAUCAGUGCCAUGACCUCCAAAGCAAAUCCAGAAGUCGCAGCCAAACCUGUUCAGUCAGCGCCUAAAAUACACAAUCCAGCCGGAGAAUGUCAUCCUAAAAAAGCUGUGAGCAGAAGCAACCCAGAAACAUCUCCUGUGCCUAAAUCUGUCGAGACCUCAUCUUUACAGGAAUCCCAGAACGUAAAACCAGGAGAAUAUCCAUUUCGGCGCGAUGUCGGCGAGGCCAAGUCCCAAUUGUGUCUCUCGACCUCGGUCAAAACCACCGCAGAGUCGCCACCAACUGCUACACCAGCAUCCCAAGAACCGACUGUUAAACCUGGGGAAUACCCCUUUAAGAGAGCGCCAGUUCUGAAGACACAGAGUCCGAGUCUGAAGAGAAGUGUGAGCUUUCCUCAACCAGCAGAAAAGUUACUUCCCUCCAAAUCAAUCAUAAAACCAGGUUUUUCACCUAGUUUCGAAAAAAAAGCCACCUCCCCUGCAGUGGAGUUUAAACAAGAUCUGACCAAGUCUAGCACACUUCCUCGCGCUGGUGGAGCUCAGGCCAAACGUGCCCUCUUCGAGAGGAUGAACUCCGAGCCGAUAAAGCCCAAGGAUUCCAAGCCCAAACUGAAGCGCUCCCAGAGCUUUGGUGUUUCCAGCGCCAGUGGUAUAAAACAAAUCCUGUUGGAGUGGUGCCGCUCAAAAACCAUCGGCUACCAGAACAUCGACAUCCAGAACUUCUCCUCGAGUUGGAGUGAUGGCAUGGCCUUCUGCGCCCUGAUCCAUUCCUUCUUCCCGCUGGAGUUCGACUACAACACGCUGAACCCCGCUAACCGCAAGCAAAACCUGCAGCAGGCCUUCACUACAGCCGAAACCCAGGCCGACUGUCUCCGUCUGAUCGAGGUGGACGACAUGUUGGAGAUGGGCGACAAACCGGACCCCAUGUGUGUGUUCACCUACGUCCAGUCCCUCUACAGCCACCUUAAGACGUUCGAGUAACUAACUCUGAAUCACCGAAAACUGCAAAGACACACAUUGUCAUGUAACCACACUUUCAAGAAGACGAACUGUGGCGUGAGCGUUUCGUGUUAUGCGUGUUUCUGAUGCCGUUGCUGUGUUUACAAAAGGGAUCUUUGGAAGCAGAGCCCCACUAUUUAAUAAUACAAUUGUCACAACUGGAUGUGCAAAUACAACAUGGAUGUGCUCCAGAAUAGCAUGAGAUGCAUUUUGCAAUGUGUCAAAAUAAAGCAAUUUUCUAGUGUU